AUGGAAGAUAACUUUGAGUCGGGAUGGGUGUCUGUCCGGCCGAAAGUCUUUGACGAAAAGGAGAGACAUAAAUUUGUUUUCAUCGUUGCUUGGAAUGACAUUGAGGAAAAGUUUGCCAUAACCUGCCAUAACCGGACCGUGCAGAGAAGGACUACUUUUCAGGACCCUUUGCUCUUGUGCAGCCCUGUGGAUGGACCUCUUCCUCCGGAUAAGCACAGUACGAAUGGUGUCAGAGGCAAAGCUGAUGACGUGUGUCUGGAUCCCAGUGUGAGACCACAUUCAUUCCCCAAAGGCAGAGGCUCUUGGGACGUAAAACCCCCCAAGACAGCACGCUCCAAAACCACUGAGAGCAUGAAUCACAACAUGAGCUCAUGGGACAUUGUGGUGACCCCUAAAGCAGUGGACAUGGAGCUAUUAGAGGAUGGAGAAAUGCAAGGGGUGCUGUGUCCUGGAGGUGGGGAGCAGGAGGAGGAUGAGGGUAGUGGGCAUGAGGACUUCAGCUGGGCCGGGCUGUUUUCCUUCCAAGAUCUCAGAGCAGCCCACCUCCAACUUUGCGCUGUCAAUUCAGACCUUGAGCCAUGUCUACCUCCAUUCCCAGAGGAGCAGUGUGGUGUGUGGACAGUGGUGUUUGGGUCCACAGGCUUAUCACUGCGAGAGAGAGAGGCCCUGUGCUACCAGCUACAAGUGUACCUGGGUCAUGCCCUGGACACCUGCGGCUGGAAGAUCCUGUCACAGGUUCUGUUCUCGGAGGGAGACGACACGGAAGAAUACUAUGAGAGCCUGAGUGAGCUGAGGCAGAAAGGCUAUGAGGAUGCACUGGAGAGAGCCAAAAGACAGAUGCAUGAGGUGUUGGAGAAGCACAAAGCCAUAGACAGCAUGGUGGAGCUGUUACAAGUGUACUCUGAGGAGGAUGAAGCUUACAGCGAUCUCCUGGAGGCCACGACUCAGCUUUACCACUACUUGCUGCAGCCCUUCAGGGACAUGCGGGAGCUGGGGAUGCUGCGGAGACAACAGAUCAAGAUCUCUCUGGAGACGGAGCGCCUGGGCCCUCGGCGAGUGGAGAGCCUCCGCAGGGAAGACGAGGAGUGGCAGAGGAAGGCUAGUGCAGCUGUGAUGUCCAUACAGGACCUGACCGUUAAGUUCUUUGAAACCACCACCCGUGCUCAGAAGGCUUUAUAUGAGCGGAUGAAAUGUGAUCAGAAGAAGUUGGGCAGAUCGGCCUGGGCAGCAGCAGUGGAUCGAAUGGAGCGUAUGCAGUUCACUGUGUGGAAGGAAACUCUGCAGCUGAUGAGAGCGAAGGAGGUUUGCCUGGAACAGAGGAAACACAGUCUGAAAGAAGAGAUGCAGAGCCUGCGCGGGGGAGAGGAGGCCAUGCUGCGUGUGGACGAGCUGGAGGCGCUCUGCUACGAGCUGCAGCUGCAGUUGUACGACAUCCAGUUUGAGGUUCUGCGCUGCGAGGAGCUGCUGCUCACGGCGCAGCUGCAGAGUCUGCGCAGACAGAUGACAGAGAGACAAGAUGAAGUGGUCUACUAUGAUGCGUUUGAGAGUCCUGACGCCAUUAAGUGUCUUGAAGAACCUUCCCCGCCCCUGUUCCCUCUCGGAGAUGAAGAACUGAGCGUCCUUCAGCAGAAGACCAGGCAGCUAGAAGCACGCAGAGGCCGGAUCACUGCUAAGAAGGUCUACCUCAAGAAUAAGAAGGACAUUUGUAUUGCCAGUCACAAACAGAAGUCACCCCAGAAACAUGGCUCUGGUGAGAUCCAACCCCAGCAGGGAGAGGUUGAUGAUGAAGCGCAAAGAAGUGCACGUGUGAGCCAGGACCGGCAGCGCACCCUGGACCGACUCCGGAGCCUGAGACAACGCUACCCUGGUCAGGUCACCUUGAAGUCCAGCCGCUUACGGCAAACGGCGCCAAAGCGUAGAGGCGGUACGGAGCCGGUGACGCAGGCGGCCAGUGUCCAGACCGAGGAGGCUCCUGCUCCUCUCAUCGCAGACUUCUGUGAAACCGCCUCCUUACCCCCAGCUCUGGACGCGUCUCCUCCGUUCUUCUCUGUGCCUCCUCUUCCAGCCUCUGCUUCACUCCCUGUAGGUCUGCCCCCACCUCCUCCACCGCCUCCCCCUCCUCCCCCCACAGAGGAGCCGGAGGUGACCAAAGAGAAGGCCCAGAACAGCCCGGUCCAGCAGAAGUGCCCCGAAUGCCCCUCGCUGUCCCUCGCUCCGUUCUCUCCACGAUUCUUUGACAGCAGCCAACUGUUGACGGCUCGUAAAAAACUGAGGAAGACGUCGUCGUUGGACUUGGCUCAAUGGAGAAGAGCGAGCUCGCCCAUGGAUGAAGUCCUGGCCUCAUUGAAGCGAGGCAGUUUCCACCUGAGGAAGGCCGAGCUGCGCGUGUUGGCCCCGGACCCCGACGACGACAGCAACAACAUCCUGGCCCAGAUCCGACAGGGCGUGCGGCUGAGGAAGGUGAGAGCGCGGCCCGAGCAGCAGCGCCACUCCAAGACUUUCCCCCAUUCCACCGACGCCCUCACACGCAGCAUCCACGAAGCACUGAGGAGGAUCAAAGAGGCUUCUCCCGAGUCCGAGUCCGAAGACGAAGGCCUUCCCUGCACCGAUUGGGAAAACUAG